AUGGAGAGCAGUGGGGGUGUUGUCCCACGAAAGUAUAAUGGAUGCGACGGCAACUCGAAUAAUUUCGCGAGUCGCGAGCAAUGUGAGGAGCAUUGCAGUGUUGGAGGUUGCCCAUAUGGAGGGACACCGCUUCGGGACCACUCGGGCAUGCUUGCAGUCUGUUCUAGUCAAGAGAACUGUCCCAGCUCCCACGAGUGCAGUCCAGUUGUUGUCGGUCUGAGCACGAUUAAUCGUUGCUGUCCUACAAGAGGUGAGUAA